CCACUCAAGGGCAGCAGCCUCACAACUAGUCCUGUAACUUACACCACACAUCUACUAACCAGGGCUGGAUCCACAACUACAGAGAUUCCUCCUUGUUAGCAGCACCUGCUAACUUGGGCAAAUGGCUAGUUCUAGCAGAAACACUCUGCAAGUGAAUGAGCCGCGCCGCUAUGGCUCUACGUUGUCUUUAGAAGAGAAAUGUGAGCAGUCUUUCUUCCUCUUUUACUACUACAGGGUGGAGGAUGAGGCCGUGCUGGACCGAGGGGCAUCGCUGCUCAAACCCUUGUGUGAUCAGGAGGAGGUUGAAGGUCACCACACCAUAUACAUCGGUGUGCAUGUGCCAAAGAGCUACCGGCGACGGAGACGUCAUCGCCGACGCACCAGUCACAAGGACAGAAAGGAGAAAGUGAGCGAGAACACUUCGGACAGGUCGGAUGCAGAGAACAAUGAGGAGGCCAGCAACAGCAUCCUUAAACCACUCAUUUCACCUGCUGCCGAGCGCAUACGAUUCAUCCUGGGUGAGGACGAUGACAGUCCUGCGCCUCCUCAACUUUUCACGGAGCUGGACGAGCUGCUGUCGGUGGACGGACAGGAGAUGGAAUGGAAGGAAACCGCCAGGUGGAUCAAGUUCGAAGAGAAGGUGGAAAAAGGUGGAGAAAGAUGGAGUAAACCACACGUGGCCACUCUGUCUUUGCACAGUCUCUUUGAGCUUAGGACGUGUAUAGAGAAGGGCACCAUCAUGCUGGAUCUAGAAGCCUCCACUCUGCCAGGGGUCGUUGAAAUGAUCACUGACAGUCAGAUUGAGAGCGGCCUCUUGAAAGCUGACCUGAAAGAAAAGGUCAUGUACACCUUGCUGAGGAAGCAUCGCCACCAGACCAAGAAGUCCAAUCUUCGCUCCUUAGCUGACAUUGGCAAAACGGUCUCCAGUGCAAGUAGGCUGUUUUCCACCCCGGAUAAUGCACGUAAUCCACUUGAGAGUUCAGUGCCUUGUCUAACGACUCGCACCUCAGAGGAGGUUUUGCGAGUCCCUGGAAGUCCAAGCAUGGGAUGGCCUAGCAGCCCAACCACUGCACAUCGCAACCUGACAUCAAGCAGCCUGAACGAUAUCUCAGACAAGCCAGAGAAAGACCAGCUGAAGAACAAGUUCAUGAAGAAGCUGCCCAGAGAUGCCGAAGCCUCCAAUGUUCUGGUUGGAGAAGUGGACUUUCUAGACAGUCCGUUUGUGGCCUUUGUGAGACUUCAGCAGGCUGUGAUGUUGGGGGCGCUGACUGAAGUGCCUGUGCCCACAAGAUUUCUGUUCAUUCUUCUUGGACCCAAAGGCAAAGCCAAGUCAUACCAUGAAAUCGGUAGAGCAAUUGCCACCCUGAUGUCGGAUGAGGUCUUCCAUGAAAUUGCGUAUAAAGCCAAGGACAGACAAGAUCUCCUCGCUGGCAUUGAUGAGUUCUUGGAUGAGGUCAUCGUCCUUCCUCCCGGAGAAUGGGACCCUGCCAUCAGGAUAGAGCCUCCAAAAUCCCUGCCAUCCUCAGAUAAGAGAAAGAACAUGUAUGCUGGAGGGGACAGCACACAGAUGAAUGGAGACACUCCUCACAGCGGUGGGCACGGCGGCGGGGGACACGCAGUGGGUGACGAGCUGAAGAAGACGGGGAAGUUUUGUGGAGGCCUUAUUCUUGACGUCAAAAGAAAAGUCCCUUUUUUCUUCAGUGAUUUCUACGAUUCACUACACAUCCAGUCUUUGUCUGCCAUUCUUUUCAUCUAUCUGGGAACAGUAACCAAUGCCAUCACGUUUGGAGGACUGCUGGGCGACGCCACAGAAAACAUGCAGGGUGUGCUGGAGAGUUUUCUGGGUACAGCGGUGACUGGUGCGGUCUUCUGUCUCCUGGCCGGACAACCAUUGAUCAUCCUCAGCAGUACAGGGCCAGUACUGGUGUUUGAAAGGCUGCUCUUCAACUUCAGCAGGGAAAAUGACUUUGACUAUCUAGAGUUUCGACUUUGGAUUGGUCUGUGGUCGGCCUUCUUUUGCCUAGUUCUGGUGGCCACUGAUGCCAGCUUCCUGGUGCAGUAUUUCACCCGAUUUACAGAAGAAGGCUUUUCCUCGCUGAUCAGCUUCAUCUUCAUCUAUGACGCUUUCAAAAAGAUGCUGAAGUUGGCCCAUUACUACCCCAUCAACUCAGACUUCAAAAUCGACUAUGUGACGCAGUAUGACUGCAUGUGCAUGGCGCCCACUGAUGCCAAUUCUUCAGAUGUGUACACUGAUCCACUUGAUUCAACGUUUGUCUGGACUGUAAAUUAUACAACAGAUCCACGCAUGAAUGCCACCUGGUCCUCCUUAUCAAAGAAGGAAUGCCUGAAAUAUGGAGGAGAGCUGGUGGGUAAAGCCUGUGAAUUUGUGCCCGACAUCACCCUCAUGUCCUUCAUCCUUUUCUUUGGCACCUACACCUGCUCCAUGUGUCUGAAGAAAUUCAAGACCAGUCCCUUCUUCCCUACUACUGUGAGGAAGCUCAUAAGUGACUUUGCUAUUAUCCUGGCCAUUUUGAUCUUCUGUGGUGUCGAUGCUCUGGUUGGGGUUGAAACACCAAAGCUCAUAGUGCCAAGUGAAUUUAAGCCAACAAGCCCAAACCGUGGCUGGUUUGUGCCACCGUUUGGUGGAAACCCCUGGUGGGUGUACCUGGGAGCGUCUGUGCCGGCCCUGCUGGUCACCAUCCUGCUCUUCAUGGAUCAGCAGAUCACCGCUGUCAUUGUCAAUCGCAAGGAGCACAAGCUUAAGAAAGGUGCAGGCUAUCAUCUGGACCUUUUCUGGGUGGCUGUUCUGUUAGCGGUGUGCUCUUUCAUGGGUCUGCCAUGGUAUGUGGCUGCAACAGUUAUUUCCAUCGCCCACAUUGACAGCUUGAAGAUGGAGACAGAGACCUCUGCCCCAGGAGAACAGCCCAAAUUCUUAGGUGUCAGGGAACAAAGAGUCACUGGUGUCAUGGUCUUCAUUCUUACUGGCAUUUCUGUCUUCAUGUCUCCAGUUCUCAAGUUCAUACCCAUGCCAGUGCUGUACGGAGUCUUCCUUUACAUGGGUGUUGCAUCACUUAAUGGCGUGCAGUUUAUGGAUCGGCUUAAACUGCUUCUGAUGCCUGCCAAACACCAGCCAGACCUGAUCUACCUUCGACACGUUCCUCUGAGAAAGGUCCAUCUCUUCACCUUUGUCCAGCUGCUCUGUCUGGCUCUUCUUUGGGUCCUCAAGUCCACCGUGGCGGCCAUCAUCUUUCCUGUUAUGAUCUUGGCUCUGGUAGCUGUGAGGAAGGCGCUGGACUAUAUUUUCUCUCAGCAUGACCUCAGCUUCCUGGAUGACGUCAUACCUGAGAAGGACAAGAAAAAGAAGGAAGAUGAGAAGAAAAAGAAAAAGAAGAAGCAAGGGAGCAUUGACAGCGACAUGGAAGAUUCUGACUAUCCUUACAAUGAGAAUGUCCCCAGCAUUAAAAUCCCAAUGGACAUGAUGGAGCAGGAGCCUUUUUUAGGAGAUAAGGCCUCUGACAGAGAAAAGUCCGCUUCAAUCCUGGACCGAUAUUCAUCGUGCUGAAAAGCGCCACUACUUUCAGUCCAGUCCAAUGUCAAGUUCAGAGAGACUGCCGUUAAAUGUGCCUCAGAUUAAAAUUGAAAUGGACCCAGAUGACAACAAUGGCUUCUUCUGGAGGAGUCGAGGGUCCGAGACGUCCAUCUAACGCUCCAACUCUUCCCAUCUGCAGAAAGCCAUUUGCCAAGGGACGUUUUGUAAAGCCUGUUCCCCAACACAGACCCCUUCUGUGAAGACUAAAGAAAGGCUGAGAAACAGCUGCCGUCUGAUUAUUUUCCUCUAAAUGUUUCUCAGCCUCCUAUGCUUCUGUUCAGUUAUUUUACCUGGAAGGCAAUGAUAGUGUUUGUUAUACAAGUGAAAUUACUAAACCUACACACAGGAGCCUGAGAAAUCAUUUAGAAGACUAAUUUAGACGGCACUUAGAGGUUUUUGCAUCUGAACUCCUCACUCGUCUUCCACUCAAUUAAUCACUUCGGUUUGCAAGUUGUCAUCCUUAAACUACUAUGCAAUUCAGUUCAUUGUUUCACUGUAGAGAAAUGCUGUAGCUGCUUUCCAACGAGUAUUCCCUCCAUUGUCCAUCCAAUAUAAUACAAGUCUUUACCAAAUUCACUUAACAUGCCACUAUUUUUUCCUCUAUUUUUUGCUGCUCUACCUCUUUUUGAAAUGGUAGGCAUUAUGUAAAGAAUAAUAAUAAUAAUAAUAAUAGCUUUUACAUUUUUUUAUUUGUAUUUUUAUUUGCACGGCAUGAGAUUUUAUUGUUGAUCUUUUUUAGUGUACAUGAAACUACACACUUCUGUUAUGAUGAGAGAAAACAACUGUGACAUAAUAUAUUGUACUAUUUAACUAUUUUAAUGAUUAACUUUUUAAUUAUGGUUAAUGCUAUCAACGUUGAUCCUGCUGUUUAAUAUCUGUUAUCACAUUUCAGUUGUCUGCUUUCACAAACUAUGUUCAUGCUUCAUUAUCCAAACAUGGAGUUCACCCAGAAAAAAAAUUCUGUCAUCAUUGACUCCACAUCAGUUUUAGUUUCUUUCUUCUGCUGAACAUCAAUGAAAAUAUUUCGAAGAAUGCUUUAAACAUUUUUUCAUAAUAUUUAUUCAGAAAGAAGAAACUCAUAAAGGUUUGAACCACAUCAUGGGGAGUAAAUGUACAUUUAUUUAUUUUUGGCUGAACUAUUCCUUCAAAUAAGCCUAAUAAUUAGCUUUCAAAACAUGUUUUUAUUUGCUUUCUCACGUGCUUAUGGAAAACAUGAAAUAUCAACAUGUGUAAACCUCAUGUACUUCCAGGUCGGUUGACCUGCAAAUUAUUUACUGUACCUAAGUGGCUUAAACCUGAAUUGCAAUAAUACAUAAAAUCCCUUUAGGUUUAAGAUUGUCUCAUGUAAUUCAGAUCACUUUUUAUUUUAUUUGUGCAUUAUUUACGUGAUGUCUAGUCAUUGAAUGUCAUAUUACAAGUUGUGUCAUUUGUAUAAAAAAGGAGAAAAAAAUAUAAAAAAAAUCAACAGUGUGGUACAUGCUUUGGACGGAAAAUGAAGCUUGAGGUGUGGAUUGAAAAAAAUGUGUCAUACGGUGUAAUGAACAACCCAAUAUCAUGUUGAUUCCAACUAAUUAUUGUCAUUAUUCUCAUCUUCCUGUCAUUUUUCUUACUUUUUUGGAAAAGAAAUUAUGGAAAAAAAUACAUAAAUCUAUACAGAUAGUUUAUGGUAUUUUCAGAAUCAGUUUCUUUUAACCUUGUAAGUAUAAGAUUUUUAACUUAUAUUUUUGGGGGUACAAAAAAAACAGAUGAAAUAUAUUGUGAAAGCACGUCUGGGGAAAUUCUUGAAGGUUAAACAAUGCUACAUAUUAAUUGUAGAGACUGUAACACUGAUACAUUUUUAAUCAAGUUUUGUGACUUUUUAGAACAAAACAGCUGAAAUUAUUUUAGAGUUUAUAUUUUUCAAAUGAAAUGAACAUUAAAAAAUGAACAAUUUAUUAAA